UUAAACGGGUUCUUACCUCCACAAUGGCCCAGGUCCUCUUUGUCCUCCUCUUACUUGGUUACUGCUCAGGUGUCAGUUCACAGCAACCUUUGACACAGCCUGCCUCCAUGUCAGGGUCUCCGGGACAGAUGGCUAAACUCUCCUGCACUGUCACGGGUGUUACUUCACAGCCAAGACUGAUUCAGCCGGCCUUUGAGUCUGUGUCCGUGGGCCAAACAGCCAAACUCUCCUGCUCUAGAAGUGAAGACAGCUGGAAUGAAAUUGCAUGGUAUCAACAGAGAUAUGGACAAGCUCCUCGCUUCGUCCACUAUGCUGGUGGCAGCCGGGGAGAAGGGAUCCCAGAUCGGUUCACUGCCUCCCGUUCCGGGAAUACGGGCUAUUUAACCAUCACCAACAUCCAGGCUGAAGAUGAGGCUGAUUAUUACUGUGGAGACCAGCAUAGCAGUGAUGACAUGUUUUACUGUGAUAAGCUAAGUGUUUCUGAUUUCCUCAUCAUGGAUUGGGCUCUUCUUCUCCUUCCAUUUCUUACCUACUAUUCAGGUGUGAACACACAGGCUGUACUGACUCAGGAUCCCUCCCAGUCGGAGAGUCUUGGAAACACGGCGAGACUUACCUGCAGUCUGAGCAGUGGGCAUGAGAGUUACGUUGUUGAGUGGUACCAACAGAGAGAGGGGCAAGCACCCCGCCUUGUAUUGUAUAAAGAUACUUCCAGAGCCACUGGGAUCCCAGAUCGGUUCUCUGGCUCCAAAUCUGGCGGCCAACGCUACUUGACCAUCACUGGUGUCCAGGCAGAGGAUGAGGCCACGUAUUACUGUGGUGAAAGUGAAACCGUCGGUGGUACCUCUGUGUAA